UAGAAUUAUUAACGAUUCGCGUUCGACUUUAAAAUAAAUUAUAGAUAUAAAUUAACUAGUUAUCAUAAACUAGGAGGUAUGCUAUCAUCACGUAGGUAAAUAUGAUUUCGAUAACGUUGUUUUGAGAUCUAUAGGUAUAACUUUAAACCUAAAAAUAGAAACUAUACAUAUUUUCAAGCCCAUAAGAUCGAUAAUCGCAUAGCUCCAAUGAUAUUAGGUGUGGUCGCUCCCGUAUCGGACGCGUGACGGGUCGCGCGGCGUUGCCGUUCCGAUCAAUUCGUUCCCGCCAUGUUUCGUAAUGCAAUUUAACAUCAAAAACAAUGAAAUACACUGAAAGAUAAACGAUAAGUGAACGAUAGUACGUGAUUAUAGAGGUAACUAAUGAAUAAAUCCAAAUGAAUGUUAAUUAAAACUUAUUGUUUGCGUGCGGCGUUGCCGGUCCGUAUCACUUUCCCAUGUCGUAGUCGUCGCGUCAGUUCUACAUAUCACGACUCACGGGUCACGAUGCCUCUGCCGUUUAAUAAAACAUUGGAUUUAAAAUUGCUGCAAUUAGUGAAGGAUAAUCCAAUAAUAUACAACACGAAGCACAAGAAAUACCUAGACUUUGAUAAUAGAGAGGUAGUUUGGCAAAAAAUCGGCGAUGCACUUAAUAGGCCAGCCAGCAUAUGCAAAUCUCGCUGGAUCAACAUCCGGGACAUGAUGCGGCGGAAGCUCAGGGACCGGCUUCGGAACCCGCACCAAAAGAGCUACAACUACAAAUACGAGGAGGAGCUCUCCUUCAUGCUCCCCUACUUCCGAGAGAUGAGUUCAAACGACUACGCGGACUAUUUGGAAGAGGCUAGCGAAGUCGAAAUACCCGUAGAAGUGUUUGGAACAGAGGUAUUUGGGCGGGAAACCGAGCUGAAGCCAGUGUUUCGCAAACGGGACGACACCUUCGAUUUCCAGGACUUGAACCCCUCUGAUCCGCUCGAUGUCUUUCUUAUCACAAUAGGGUCAACGCUUCGCAAAUUGACACCAUGUUACCUGAAUCAAGCUAAGAGCAAGAUUUUCCAAAUUGUCCAGGAUUACGAGCUGCAGCAGAUCAUGGAAAAGGACAGCCAGCCAAACACCAGUACUGAUAAUAGGUAGUGAAGUGUGAAGACCAUUGUCUGUUACUAACCCAGUGCUUUUGUCUGUGGUUUAAGGUUUUCCUCACUCUUUUAUUCAUCGAUUUUUAGAGGGUUAUUGGAUUAUUUGGAGCGUAGAACCGAGGGGUGUCAAUUCCAAGGGGAGGGUCAAUUCUCGGUGGUGACGCACAAAAAAAAAAUGUCUCGGUCUGGCAGGCACAGAAGGCUGAUCACCUACUUGUCCCUAAAGAAAAUCGAUCAGUGAAACGGAUGUACAUCAUCUGCCCCAUACCCCACUAGGGGACACGGGACUUCACUUUUUUUAUUGGAUUACUGUUGAUACACUAUUGAUACUUACAUCUAAAGUUAUGGUUGUUGUAUUUAUUUUUUUGUGUAAGGUUAUUGUUAUCGAGAUUUAAGGAGAAUAGUUAUACCCCAAGUAAUGCUAUUUAGAAGUCAUCCAGAUUAGUUAUGUUUGAAGAAAUAGAAUAUGUAGUCUUUUAUUCGACAUAGUUCUGAUUAUAUAUUAUAUAGUUGAAUGGAAAGGUUAAAAAAUACGCAAAAUGCACUAAUUGUUAAUCUAACCUAAUGUAUAUAGCGUAAAGAUUAAACGAAGAUUCUGUGAUGUUAUUUGUAAUAAAGCAAUUUCAUAUUG